AGUGCAACAGUUUCAAUCUGAACAGCGUGGCGAGCAGGUCGUUUUCCGAGAGACAACACUUGUAGCAUAGAUAUACGAGAGAUUUUGUCUUGUUUUCAAAGAUCAUAAAAUCUAAACAAAAAGAAAAAGCUAGAGAAAAGGAAAAAGAAGCCAAAACUGCGGCAAGUCAACUUAAACAAAAUAUAAAAUAUAAAUCGCAAACAAAACGGAAUAUGAAAAUUAAACAAACUGUGUUAAAAGUACUUAAAUAAACAGUUAAACCGGGUACUUACAAACAACUAAUUACCAGCAAACAAAUUUACAAACAUUUUAUUGUAUAUUUAACAACAACAGAGCAAAUAAAAAACGAAAGGAAAAGAGAAAAUAAAAACAAAUCAACGCCAUGAAGAAGCUGUCACUAAAUAUGUGUUCCCGCAACAUAAAGAUCUCGGUGGUGCUGUUUCUUGUUUUGAUACCCAUACUCACAGCGUUGCCACAUAAUCACAAUUUGUCGAAGCGCAGCAAUUUCUUCGACCUGGAAUGCAAGGGCAUCUUCAACAAGACCAUGUUCUUUCGCCUGGAUCGCAUAUGUGAGGAUUGUUAUCAACUUUUCCGUGAGACGAGUAUACAUCGACUAUGCAAGAAAGACUGCUUUGAUUCGAAAUGGUUUGGCGAAUGCGUGAAAGUCCUUCUAACACCCACAGAAGAGAUUACAAAUUUACAACAUUUUAUAAAAGUAGUUAAUGGUUCGCCCAUAUCAUUCAACAUGGCGCCUGGUCCAGCUACAUAACUCCUCUAAGUGGUUGGCUUUUGAACCACCACCACCACCAACAACUACAACAACAAUACCAACACCACCAACAGAAGCGAAAAUCACCACCAGCGAAACACUCUCACACACAAACACACAUACACACAUCCACCCAUUCGCAGUUAAGCGCUCGAACACACUCACACACUCUCGCAGAGUAAUGGAAGUUAGAAUCCAAAUGAUACCAGUUCGUAAUGGAACUGGAACUGGUAUUGGAACGAUCACAUCCGAAGUAACUCUGAAGCAGCAGCAGUAGCAGCAGAAGCAGCAUCAGCAGCAGCAACAACAAUAAAACUACAUACAACAAAACAGAACAACAAAUUAAAUAUUUAACGCCCAAAUUUAAUUCGUACUUAUUUAUUACUGUAUAUGCUUUACAGUGCUUUUUUUUUACUAUAUAUGUAUGUGUUUAAAAAAAAACGAAUAAUUUUAAUUAAUUUAUUGAAA